AUGAGAGGAGACGAAGUUCUUCUCACCCACCUGCUCCCUCUCACCCAUCUGCUCCCUCUCACCCAUCUGCUCCCUCUCCCCCAUCUGCUCCCUCUCUCCCAUCUGCUCCCUCUCCCCCAUCUGCUCCCUCUCACCCAUCUGCUCCCUCUCCCCCAUCUGCUCCCUCUCCCCCAUCUGCUUCCUCUCACCCAUCUGCUCCCUCUCACCCAUCUGCUCCCUCUCACCCAUCUGCUCCCUCUCCCCCAUCUGCUCCCUCUCACCCAUCUGCUCCCUCUCACCCAUCUGCUCCCUCUCACCCAUCUGCUUCCUCUCACCCAUCUGCUCCCUCUCACCCAUCUGCUCCCUCUCACCCAUCUGCUUCCUCUCACCCAUCUGCUCCCUCUCACCCAUCUGCUCCCUCUCACCCAUCUGCUCCCUCUCACCCAUCUGCUCCCUCUCACCCAUCUGCUCCCUCUCACCCAUCUGCUCCCUCUCACCCAUCUGCUCCCUCUCACCCAUCUGCUCCCUCUCACCCAUCUGCUCCCUCUCACCCAUCUGCUCCCUCUCACCCAUCUGCUCCCUCUCACCCAUCUGCUCCCUCUCACCCAUCUGCUCCCUCUCACCCAUCUGCUCCCUCUCACCCAUCUGCUUCCUCUCACCCAUCUGCUCCCUCUCACCCAUCUGCUCCCUCUCACCCAUCUGCUCCCUCUCCCCCAUCUGCUUCCUCUCCCCCAUCUGCUUCCUCUCACCCAUCUGCUCCCUCUCCCCCAUCUGCUUCCUCUCCCCCAUCUGCUUCCUCUCCCCCAUCUGCUUCCUCUCACCCAUAUGCUUCCUCUCCCCCAUCUGCUUCCUCUCCCCCAUCUGCUUCCUCUCCCCCAUCUGCUUCCUCUCCCCCAUCUGCUUCCUCUCACCCAUCUGCUCCCUCUCACCCAUCUGCUCCCUCUCACCCAUCUGCUUCCUCUCACCCAUCUGCUCCCUCUCACCCAUCUGCUCCCUCUCACCCAUCUGCUCCCUCUCACCCAUCUGCUCCCUCUCACCCAUCUGCUCCCUCUCACCCAUCUGCUCCCUCUCACCCAUCUGCUCCCUCUCCCCCAUCUGCUCCCUCUCACCCAUCUGCUCCCUCUCCCCCAUCUGCUCCCUCUCACCCAUCUGCUCCCUCUCACCCAUCUGCUCCCUCUCACCCAUCUGCUCCCUCUCACCCAUCUGCUUCCUCUCACCUCGCUGCUCCAGGCGUCGGGACGCGGCAGCAGCGUUGGAACGGUGGGCGCGAGCGUGCAGGUGGCGACGCAGAUCACGGUGCCGGGCGUCAGCCUGCCCGUCAGCUUCGACGGUGCAGGGGGGGCGGUCCGCUGCUUCACCCUUCCGCCAGCAGCGCACAAGGCGCAGCAGCACGUGAAGGUGUGGUGGCAUGGGAGACCCUUGAAGGGCAGCAGUGGGAAGCAGCGGGUGGGUGCGGUGUGUAGGCAUGGCUUUGCUCAAAUCAAUGGCGCUUGCGUAGACAAAUGUGCUGCGGUGGAUUGUGGGCCCAAUGGCAAGUGUGUGAAGAAGGAGAACGGGGAUGCAACCUGCGAGUGCGACUUGGGUUUCGGGAUGCUUCCCGACCAACUGCGUUGCGUUGACACGGCUUGCAGCGAGAUGGGUUGCGAACCGGAGGGGGUUUGGUGUGAACACCGAUGGAGUUCGCCCGUGCAAAUGGAGUAA